AUGAAUGAAGGGCAGAACCCCGAAGCAAUCAUCAUCUACAAGCAUUUCGAGCUGAUAGCUAUGCGUUACGCACUUAUUGUUAUUGCCCUGGCUGUGACUGUGAUGGAAUGUUCUGACCAAUUACCAGACUGUGGGAAAGAUUUGCCUAGUAUAGCACCUGCUCUUGGCAAAGAGUUAAGAAAGACGUUGUCGGACGGAGUUCAAGCAAACAUGAAGGAGGGCAGCAAACCGGAAUACAACUGUUACCUGGAAUACCUCGGAUGGUUGGGAUUGAACGACACAUCUGAUGGGUCGCUGGGAUGGCUCGAACACGCAGACACAUAUCUUUUCAACAUCACGUAUUCUACCAGUCUUUUCUUUUUUGAAUUAAUUCCAGAGUGA